AUGCACAAUCACAAUAUAGCUUCCUUGAACUGCCGCAAUCUCGUCAAAGCAUCUACGCCCGAGAUUAGCUCUGACUUCAUCCGAUACCUCCGUUCCUUACAUUUGGACAUCCUCUGUGUUCAAGAAUCGCAUGCAGUCGAGGCAGUUCAAGAUCAACUCAAUUUACAAUUCCAAGCUCAUGACACCUUAUGGACCCAACAUUGUGGUAUUAUUUCAUUCAAUCCUUUAAUUCAAUUACAUUCGUUAGACUUAGAUCUAGAUCAACGCAUCAUUGCCUGUAAGGUUGUCCAAGCCAAUGCGUUGUUUCCACCCUUUACGCUCCUUAAUGUUUAUGCCCCAGCCCAGUACUCACCCCGAGUUCGGUUCUUCAGAGACCUACUAAUGUUGCCCCUUUUCGACAUUCCUUCUUCAACCUCUCGGGAAUCCCUAUCCUCUUUAUCUACCUUGCUCGAUUCUGAUCCUUCCAAUCUUUCUCCCAUGCUUCUGAUGGGCGAUUUCAACUACCAUGCUACCUCCUGUCUGACCGACGAUAGUGAUGAUCCGGAACUUGAUACUAACAAUAUUACUUCAGGAGCUGCUAUUCACAGACACUUCCACCGACUCAUCAAUACCCACUUCUUUGAAUGCACUCAUUCCAGGGAAGAGGGUCCUCUAUUACCAACCUAUCGUAGACGAACUGGUCAAUCUACUAUCGAUUACCUUUAUGCUUCUAAUUUCCUAUUUCAACAUCUACAUUCGCCUGAAAUUAUGUUCCUUGACUCCUCCUGGACGGAUCAUGCUCUAAUACGGGCUCGAUUUGUCUUUUCUUCGGAUCAUCAGGGAUCAGGCCUUUGGCGUGCUAACCCAAAUCUUUCGACUAACCCAUAUUUCAUUGACCAACUGUUUACAGCUCUUGAUUACUUUUUCAAUACCUUGGAGAUCUCUGCCUCUAUCGAUAUCGCCGCCUCUUUUCCUCCUGCUUCCCCACAGGACAAUUGGGAUGCUCUCAAAACCUUGGUCCAAGAAAUUGUUCGUCGAGUCAGUCGUAAUAGAAGUAGUGCCUUGGAACGUCAAUGCAAACGAGUCCAACGUAAACGCAAUCGCAUCUGUCGACAAUAUACAGAUCCUCUAAUCCGCGCUCCUCUACUCUCGACUAUUGAAGAGCAGAUAGGUAUUCUUCAACGGGAGAUAGCUUCCAACUUACGAUUACGUGCUGGUAAACAUUGGCGCGAACAGCGAGAAAUCUCUGCCGGAUACCUCAAACGUACCAUUGCCACUCGUGCGGUCAAAAAGGCGAUUACUAGCCUCACCAAUCCAGUUACUAACUCAUUAUGCACUAACCCCAUUUCCAUGCAGACAGCAACCUCUAGUUUCUAUGCAGCAUUAUACUCUUGCGAUGCCGUGGAUUCAGCGAGUAUCGACUCUCUGUGUGCCACUAUUCCGGAUUCUGACACCAUCACGGAUGCCGAUCAUGAUACCCUUCAGCAACCUUUCACCAUUGCCGACUUAUUGACUGGUACUCAUCGUAUCAAGUUCCAAUCUAGUCCUGGUAUUGACGGUUUACCUUACCCCAUUCUCAACAUUAUCCUCAACCACCAGAAGGCCGCCCAACUUGCUGAUAAGGUGUUUAAUGAUGCACUCAACCUGGGUAUCUUCCCUUCCAGCUGGUUGCAAACCUGCAUUUGUUUACUACCCAAAUCUGGCGACCUGUCCAACCUCAAGCAUUGGCGUCCCCUUUCUUUGAUUUGCUGUGAUGCCAAGAUCUUCACACGAUUGCUAAAUCAACGCCUUAUGCCUUUCAUGAACUAG